AGGCCGCGCAUGCGCAGUGUCGUUCCGGACGACGAUGGCCGCUGGUUCCAGAGUCGUGUCAGGACCAGAACCCCCGAGAUGACGGACUACCAGGAGGAGCAGAGGAACGAGCUGGAGGCCAUCGAGUCCAUCUACCCGGACUCCUUCACAGUUCUGUCAGAGGAGCCCACAAGCUUCACCAUCACUGUGACAUCAGAUGCAGGGGAGGACGGGGAGAUCGUGGAAGCCCUGUUAAAGUUCACGUAUGUGGAGAAGUACCCCGACGAGUCCCCCCUGUGGGAGAUCCAGUCCCAGGAGAACCUGGAGGAGCAGGACAUGGAGGAGGUCCUGGUCCUGCUGCAGCAGCAGGCGGAGGAGAACCUGGGGAUGGUGAUGAUCUUCACGCUGGUGACGGCCGUGCAGGAGAAGCUCAACGAGAUCGUAGAUGUGAUGAAGACCAGGCGGGAGGAGGAGGCGCGACGCAAAGAGAAGGAGAUUGAGGAGGCAGAGAAGGUGGCGUUCCAGGGGACGGUGGUCACCAUCGAGAACUUCCUGGCAUGGAAAGCCACAUUUGUGUCGGAGAUGGCAGAAGCCCGGAGGAAAAAGCAGAAAGAGGAGGUGGAGGCUGGAAAAGGCAAACUGACGGGGAAGCAGCUGUUCGAGACGGACCACAACCUGGACACGUCAGACAUCCAGUUCCUGGAGGACGCUGGAAACAACGUGGAGGUGGAUGAGUCUCUGUUCCAGGACAUCGAGGACUUGGACCUGGACGAGGACGACCCCGACUUUGACCCGCUGGACAUGGGCAGCGACGAAGACUGAACCCUUUCAGACUUUUCAAACUCCCAGCAGAACGCGGCGUUCUGACUGCAAACAUGUUUUAAGGACUCGUUUAAAUUCUGUUGCAGCUUCCAGUGUUCACUCCCAUCACACCAAUUAAAGAUUCCAGAAAACC